GAACGCAGCGUCGUGUUACGUCAUCGCGCUGGACCUGGCCUGCGUGUCGCUCUGGGGUGAGAGCCAGGAGGGUCACAGGAACUCAAAUUACCUGGGACGAACAAAGCAGAAAGAUGAGCCUCAAAACGGAGAAAACGGAGCGAAGGGCCAUCCAUGUGGACCAGUCAGAACUCCUCUGCAAGAAAGGAUGCGGCUACUAUGGAAAUCCAGCAUGGCAAGGGUUUUGCUCAAAAUGCUGGAGGGAGGAGUAUCAGAAAGCGCGACAGAAACAAAUCCAAGAGGACUGGGAGCUUGCAGAACGCUUGCAGCGGGAAGAAGAGGAGGCUUAUGCCAGCAGCCAGGGAGCCCAGGGAGGUCAGCCUUCACUUGGUUUUGCCAAGUUUGAAGAAAAGAAAUCCAAUGAAAAGACACGAAAGGUUACAACAGUAAAAAAGUUCUUCACUGCCUCAUCCAAAAGUGGGCAGAAGAAAGACAUUGAAGAAAAGUCUGUUAAGCCGGCACAGGCAGGAGGGAGGGAGCGCAGUGCUGAUAUUCUCAGGGACUUGAAGGGUCUUUUUGUCCCUCCCUGGGAGCUGGCCUCCCCGGCUGAAGAUAUGAAAGAACCGAAAGCUCCUAGUCCUUCUCUCACUCGUCAGUGCAGCAUUGAGACCGAUCGCGUGUCUAAGGAAUUUAUUGAAUUUUUGAAGACCUAUCAUAAAGCGGGGCACGACGUGUAUAAGCAGUGCAAAGUCUUCCUGGAAGCCGUGCAGCACAAGAAGGAGUCAAAUAUUGAAGAAUUGUCAGAAUACACUCAAGACUUUUACCAGAACACAGCGGACAAACUACAGAUGUAUUGGAAAGUGCCGCCUAUUAAAGUGGAGGAAGCCAUGGACCAAAUUGAGAAGUUUAUCAUGACACGCUUAUACAAGCAUGUGUUCUGUCCAGAAACCACAGACGAUGAGAAGAAAGAUUUAGCUGUGCAAAAGAGAAUCAGGGCCUUACAUUGGGUCACUCUUGAGAUGCUGUGUGUUCCAGUCAAUGAAGAAAUUCCUGAAGUGUCAGAUAUGGUUGUAAAAGCUAUAACAGAUAUUAUAGAAAUGGAUUCAAAGCGGAUUCCACGGGACAAGCUUGCCUGCAUUACUGGAUGCAGUAAACAAAUCUUUAAUGCAAUUAGAACCACAAAGAAUGAACCUGCUUCUGCUGAUGACUUCCUCCCUACUCUAAUCUACAUUGUGCUAAAGGCGAACCCACCACGUCUACAGUCAAAUAUUCAGUAUAUCACUAGAUUCUGCAAUCCUAGUCGGCUGAUGACUGGGGAAGAUGGAUACUAUUUCACAAACCUGUGCUGUGCAAUAGCAUUUAUUGAGAAGCUGGAUGCCCAGUCAUUGAACCUAAGUGAAGAAGAGUUCAGCAGGUACAUGUCUGGCCAAGCUUCUCCAAAAAAGCAUGAUUCUGACAUCUGGGACACAGACACAUGUCCAGGAGUGAAACAGAUGCACAGGAACCUUGAUUUGCUCUCACAGCUGUCUGAGAGACAGGAGCGCAUUGUGACAGAGGCCAAGAAGUUGGAAAAGGAUCUGAUUGACUGGACAGAUGACGUAACUCGUGAAGUGCAGGACAUUGUGGAGAAGUACCCACUGAACAUACAAUCUAGCACUCAAGCCUUGGCAUCCAUUGAUUCCGAAAAUGUAGAGGACGACCGUCUUCCUCCUCCACUACAGCCACAGGUCUAUGCGGGAUAGUCUGUGUAUGCUGAACUCCAUUCUGUUACUCCUGUAAAUAGGUCAUCCCUUUGGGACAGCACUGAAUCAGUUUAUUAAGAACAUGGGAAGGGGGAUGAUUUAUAAAUCUAGUGUAUUUCCUUUCCUGAAGGUCCGAACAAUCCCUAGACUGCAAACUUAAUUUCAUUAUUUUCUUAAGGCAAAAAGCAAACUUGUUUGCAUUAUGUUUUCUUAAAAGAGAACUGUAGUUUUUAAAGAAACUUGAGCAGUGCAGCAGACAAUUUUUAGCGAAAACCUUUGUUGAGAAAAAAAAAUCCUACCUUUUUGUUGUUCUGAAGAAAUUUUGUGUGUUUGUCUGUGUCCAUGUGGAAAGUUAAUCUUAUGGGAGUGGUUUCUUAAUUACCAACCAGCUACUGCACCUGCUGGGCUCUAAUGAGGAAAAUUGCAGGGUCUGCACCCUUUUAGAUGUGAUUUCCUAUUGGGAGUAUCUCACCAAAAAAUUAAUUUUCUGUAGCAGGGGAUGCUCAAAAUCUAACUUGCAUCUUAGUUGCAGACUUGGUGCAGGAAAAUCAGCGAGCCAAUCACACAAGCAGGAAAUUAUGUUUCUGCAGGGAGUUCUGUACACAUUCUGUGUACAGAAUACCCCCAG